CUGUGUAUAUCUUCAGAAGAAUAGACUGAGGGUCUGCGGCGUUCGCGAUCGUUUCCAGUGUUUUGACGAUGCGUAGUGCGACACGGUGAGUGAUCGCGAACUGGAUUGCACUUGCGUGGGAUCCUUGCCGCCCGACCUCUCAAACAUCGCAGGCUUUGGCCAAAAUGCAAAACUGGAUGGGUGAACUUCCACAUUCCUUGCGCAGUCUUCCCCUAGCCUACAUUGCCAUUCCUGGGUCGCAUGAUUCGUUCACGUAUUCGCUACGUCUUUCGUCCACGGUUGGACCAGAUCAACCCGCGUACAUUAGAAGGCUUGUGAGGGUUUCCGGGCCCAUAGGACGACGGGUACUAAUGAACUGGAGUAGAACCGAGGACAUGUCAGCCGUUGAACAACUGAAUAUAGGUGUUAGGUACCUGGACUUCCGACUCGUGCGAGCCAAAAAUGAGAAGAGAGUAGAAAUCAUUCAUGGGUUGUAUGGGGCCGAGCUGGAGCCGUUAUUGAAGGAGAUUCGUAGGUUUCUCGGCUCGCAUCUUGGCGAAGUUGUGAUCUUAGACUUUCAACACUUCUAUAAGUUCGAUGAUGCGACGCAUGCGGAAGUUGUGAAUAUCAUCAGGCGUGUUUUCGGUUGCAUGCUGUGUCCCGUGCAACGUCGAGUUGAAGCGGUCUCUCUAAACUGGAUGGCUGUUCAGUCGUGUCAAGUCAUCGCAAUUUAUAGGCAUGAAUCUCGAAAAUUGGAUCCUGAUGUACUCUGGCCUACAUGUGCCUUCCCGAACCCUUGGCCCAACACGGUGAUGUCACAAAAGCUAGUCGAAUCUCUGGACGCAGGUUUGCGAUCAAGAGCAGAUCAACGAGGGUUUUUCAUUUCGCAAGGAGUACUCACCCCGAACUUCAGCUACGUGGCACGACACAUUUUUUCGACUCUAAAAGCCUCUCUAGUCCCGAAAGCGGAAUCGCUCAUCAUGGAUUGGAUCAUGUCUCAAAGUGCUGGGGAAGGCGGGGUGAACAUCCUGAUGGUUGACAGUCCGUCAUUGGUGUUUUGUCGAGAGGUAAUUCGUUUGAAUUACAAACUGUUGCCUCGUGUGUCUGUUGCCGGUGUGACGCACUGAAGUUCUCGAGCUUAGUGAAUUUCGCGUUGCUGAGUUCUGGCGCGAUUAUCCGAUGGGAAAGCUACUUGUAUUAUUCCUUCCGGAAGAUUCAACCAGACUUUCAAGGAUCGGAAGGACCGAUCGGUUGAUAAUAGUUUUGGUACAAAUAGUUCACGAUCGUUAAAAUUGCUCGUUUAAGGUCAUUAAUUUCAUGCCUGUGGCUUUGGAAUUAGCUCGUUGGUUUCGAGAACUACUGUAUACUGGAUCACGUUUCUGAUUUAUUCCUAACGACAGGUUCCGUAGUUCUGUGACUGGUUCCGUAAAUGGUUCGAGAUUGAUUCUUAAAUGAUCGUGGUAUGAAACUGUUGAAGUUACCAGAAUGCUCGGAAAAACCACGUUAUAUUGCCUGAUCACGAUUCAAUUCCACUUUCGUUUUCCAGAGGUAUUUAUGAAUUGGUUCUUCCAUUAUAGGAUUGUCUUAUUUGGUCUUCCGUUGUUGAAUUAAGUUCGGAUCAUGAGAUGCACAAGGUUGCGCUCAAGGAGUGCUCUGAGAGAGCUUUGUUCAGUUCGUUCAAUUACGAUAAUCACGGUGGUGCUUCUAAAUGACCUGAAUAUUUGCUCGGGAAAGAAUUGGGAUCUCAUUGUAUUCUAGAACCUGUGAAUGUCUACAUUUUGAAAAUUGCGAUUGAUGAGAGUGGAUUCCUCGGAAUAGAAGUAGGGAUCUUGCGAAGUUGAGUUGCGGUGCUGUCCUGCAGGGGAUUUGAAUUUAAGUUUUUGCUUCUCCCCUGAAAUUCUGUUGUGCUUUCCGAGAACGUGAAUGUGAAUCCCGUUGGACCGAAAUAUUCGUCGGAAAAAUUUUUUUUCCUCGGUUGCACGAAACGAGCUAAAGUAAUUGCAUAUUCACCACUCUAAAGUUUUUUUCUUUUUUCAGCCUGCGAGGCUUCUUGAAAGUACAGUAUGAACUGGUUGAGCUCGAAUUUUCGAUAGAAAGAGCAAAUAUUUUAUUUUGAAUGACACUUCCAUUUCUUCGCUGAAAUUUUUUCCCAAACUUAUCGUCCAUUGCUUCGUCUUUGAUUCGAGGCUCAAAGAUCGAAUUGUUGCAAUGAGCUUUGUACCUUUGUAAAGACGCUGGAGGCAGCUCAAAAUUCCCAGAGAUGCAAGAUAAACUUGGUUUGAUUUCUGAAUUGAUCAUGUUUUGCUUCGAAGACAUGCUCCAAUAAAGCGCCGCAGCUCAACUAAGCAUUUCUCUAUGUUUCGUGAAUGAACAUUGGUGAGCCGUGUCCUGGUUGCUUUCGCUGUUGAUGUCUUUUACCUCAACCAACCCUCGGACUGCAACACAUCGUGAUACCUUUGAAUUAGGAGGACCGCCUAAACGUGGCUGAACAUUUUUGACUGAGAGAAGAGAGCCAGUUUAAGUGUAUUGUCGACGAUGGUGAUGAGGAGGGAAUGUUGCGUAAUCGUUGUCGGAUUCAAACCGUGCUACCUCGUUCAUCGUGCGUAGAGAGGAAAUGAACCACUUCAGUGGUUGUGUUGCAGUAACCUAUGCUGCAGAAUGUAACUGAAACCUGUAUCCACGCAGAAACCCUGUCGAGCGCGAGAGGGUGGCUAUUACUUGGCGUGAAGCGUUUCAUGUGUUGGAAAUCGUAAGAUUUGUUCCGCGUAUUCAGCUCGAAUUGCGAAGAAAUUCUUCAGCGGUGGAAUAAGUCGUUUGUUGAAACGUCGUGAAACUCGUCUUUCUCUGUCAUGAUGGUUUUGUCUUUGGUUCGCGUCCCUUCAUGCCUUCCCCAGGAUUCCUGGAGAGAAUCGAAAUAUUUGCCCGUUCUGAGACGCGUAUUAAGUAUUGUGAAAGAAGGGAACCGAUUGACACGGAGGCGAUGUAUUUCUAGCUCCUAGAAUGUGAUUAAUUGAAGAUGAAAUGGAAUUUUGUUCAUGGCUUCAUUCGUAAGACAUCAGUGAAGUGCGAUGUGAAUCAGGAAAAACGUUAUCCGUAGUCGUAACUUCGUGAGGUUUAUUGAUUUGGUUCACAAACUCUUGUUUUCGUACGUGACGCCUUCUGAUCAUGAAUUCAUCGUCUGGACCUGUACAGUGUCUUCUUUUUUUUCGUCUGACGCAAGUUGGCCCGCGGUUCCUUAGGUUUAUUUUGUGCCGUAGUUCACAUUGAUCGAAGUUAUGUUCGUCGUACAUUGAUGUCUGGCCUGUUCGCGUUAAAGUCGCGAUUGUAACCAUUUCCAGGUGUUCGGUUACCGGUGUAUUUUUGUGAUGCAGCCAUUGCCUGUGUUCUGAGUUGCUCGUGUGAUCAAUACGUGACGAUUAAUGUCAUGCGUACUUGAUUAUGUGAUUCUAUAAUUUUUGUUUGAUUUUUACUUGAGUGAAGUUCGUAAAAGACGGUUUUUUCCAUUGCUCUUCUGCAGGCUCGUUAUCCCAUUCGUGCCU